AUUCGAACGCGAACUGUAGUUUAAAACACGGCAUUCGCACAUAUUUAGUGAUCGAUUUUUGUAACUUAAAAAUGCCUGAUCAAGAAUCCAUUGAAACAACUAGACUUUUACAUACACAUCAACCUCCGUAUGUAUUUGGGUCCAGUUUAGCUCGCAAGCGGAGAGUCAGACAAUUUCAGUGCUGCUUGUGGUCUAUAUUACUAGUAGGUUUUUUGGCAUCACUCGUAAUAACAAUAGCGUACACAACUAAUUUGCCAGUGGACGCUGAAAAGGAAACUGCGUCCACUUCUAAUGAGACCGAUUUGAUAUCAGUUGAUACAUUCAUAACGCUAUUUAAUAACACUUGGCCUUUAGAAGAUCAAGUAGAAAUGAAAACUAAUGAUAGGGGAAACUGGGAUCAUGCUAUGCAAGAAGGAGAAAUGUUUCUUGAGAGCAAAGAUUCCAUUGAAAAAAACGCUUCAUCGUUGCCAAUUGAUAGUCCUAGCUACAGACAUCAGCGUGUAAUGGGAACCAGCGACAAAGCCAGAGAACUGAGCAGGAAAGGAUAUCAGCUUGAAGGAGCCGCGCGAUUUUUAUAUGGUAGCAAUCAGACAAAGAGUCGAAAGGAAUUUACAUGCCCUGCCAAUUAUUCAGAUCCCUUCUUAAGGGAAAUGUGUUCCAAUGAGACCACUACGUGCAAUGGUUUACUCAUGUAUAGAUCCUAUAACGGAACAUGUAACAAUAUAAAAUACCCCAACACCUACGGAGUUGCCUAUCGGCCCUUUAGAAGAGCCAUUCAACCGGAUUAUGCUGAUGGUAUCAGCAAACCCCGAGAGUCUAAGAAUGGACCUUUGCCUUCCGCUAGAACUAUUAGUCUAGAAGUACACAGAACAUUUCAUAAGGAUGAUGUAAAAUUUUCCGUUAUGGUUGCAGUUUGGGGCCAGUUUUUGGAUCAUGACAUUACUGCUACCGCACUAAGCCAAAAGAAAAAUGGAAGCAGUAUUUCCUGCUGUGUGAAAAAUGAAAUUUCAUCACCAGAUUGUUUCCCUGUGAUCAUUUCAAACGCAGAUCCGCUUUCCAUGUACAAUGUUACUUGCAUGGAAUUUGUACGAUCCGCUCCUUCGCCGCAAUGCUGUUUAGGCCCUAGGGAACAAAUGAAUCAAGCAUCAGCUUUCAUUGAUGGUUCGGUAGUUUACGGAAGUGAUGAAAGCAAAGCGCUCUCACUAAGAACUAUGUCUAAAGGAUUGCUGAAAAUGUAUACAACUGACGACAACAGAACCCUAUUGCCGAUAUCUGAUGAUAUGACUGACGGUUGUAACAGGGAAGAUGAAAUAAGCAAAGGAAGAUAUUGCUUCUUAAGCGGCGACUCCAGAGCCAACGAGAAUUUGCAUUUGACCAGCAUGCACUUGAUUUGGGCACGACAGCAUAAUUUUCUAGCCAAUAAUCUGUCUAGCUCAAAUCCUCACUGGUCGGAUGAGCGAGUAUUUCAAGAAACUAGACGAAUCAUUGCAGCACAAAUGCAACAUAUAACAUAUAAUGAAUUUCUGCCCAUUCUACUUGGAAAAACGUUGAUGAAGAAACAUGGAUUACUUCCCAAAUCUAAGGGGUACUUUGAGAAAUACAAUGCGUCCAUAGACGCAAGUAUUUCAAAUGAAUUUGCUGCUGCUGCAUUUAGAUUUGCUCAUACAUUAAUCCCAGGAUUGGUCAAAACAUUGGCCAGCGAUACAUCGAAUCCUGAGUUUAUCCAAAUGCACAAAAUGCUUUUUAAUCCGUUUCAACUGUAUCAGAGUGGACAAUUAGAUAGCACUAUUAAAGGAGCGAUGAACACGAGUAUUGCAGCUUCAGAUAGUUAUUUCACUGACGAACUAAAGUCGCAUUUAUUCGAAAGAGAUUCUGAGCAAAAUGUCGCACCUCGGAAACUCGGGUUAGAUUUGGUUUCAUUGAACAUACAACGCGGACGCGACCACGGCUUGCCAGGAUAUGUGUUUUGGAAGGAGCAUUGCGGAUUUAAAAGAAGUAGAACCUUUGAGGAUCUGGAGGAUAUAAUGGAAGCAUUUUCAUUACAAAAUAUUAAAGCCGUUUACAGGUAUGUUGAGGACAUCGACUUGUACACAGGGGCGCUUAGUGAAAAGCCGUUGAAAGGAAGUAUUCUGGGGCCAACAUUAACGUGUUUGAUAUUAGAUCAGUUCAUCCGUUUGAAAUUUGGUGACCGUUUUUGGUAUGAAAACCCCCAACCCCCUUACAGCUUCUCGAUAGAACAACUUGAUGAAAUUCGAAAAACCACUUUAGCCAGGGUUAUUUGCGAUAAUGCGGAUUAUUUGGAUACGAUACAGCCGCAGGUGAUGCACGGAUUGACUGGAAAGAAUGAAAAUAUUCCCUGCUCGAACGUUUCUACACCAAAUUGGUUAUUGUGGAAGGAAAAUUUGCAUUACGUCGGUUUUCCGACACAGCGGAUGAACGUUAGGUUAUUAACUAGUGGAUAAGUUUGGUUUACAAAAUAGAGUAGAUGUUAAUGGUUGCGCAAAGCAUCCCACAUAAAAUAUAUUGAUCUAAUGAACAUCUACUAUAGGAGUAGUAAACAGGCAUAUAAUAUAUUUGUUACAGUUUACAAUAAAGUGAAAGGUACUUAUUAGCAAAA